CGUGAGGUCAACCUCUUCAAUUAUCGUAUAAAUGGCAGAUGCUCGUGGAAAAGCCUGGCCUUUGGCCGAUGCUGAGCUCACAAACUCGAUCCUGGACCUUGUUCAGCAAGCUGGCCAGUACAAGCAGCUGAAGAAAGGUGCCAAUGAAGCUACCAAAACUCUUAACCGCGGUAUCGCAGAGUUCAUCGUCUUGACUGCUGACACUGAGCCUCUCGAAAUCUUGCUCCAUCUCCCCCUCCUUUGCGAGGAAAAGAAUGUACCAUACGUUUUCGUUCCCUCAAAAGCUGCCCUUGGUCGUGCGUGCAAUGUGUCCAGGCCAGUCAUUUCGGCGAGCGUUACCACUGGAGAGUCAAAGGAACUUUCUAGUCAAAUUACGACUGUGAAAAACGCUAUCGAGAAGCUCCUCUACUAGACCAUGUACAUCCUGACUUUACUUGAAAGUAACGAGAGAAAAAAUAGCUUGUUCACUUCUCC